AGUUCACACCUCUGUCAAAGAGUUGUUUUAUUUAUAUUUUGUAUGUAAUUAUAUAAAUUAUAAAUUUGUCUGUUGGGUACUUUAAUUGAAAAAUUAUAAUUCGCUUUAAGGAAUUAUAAGAUGCCACUAAUGAAUAAAUGCAAUAUAGUAGUUUUUUUUAUUUAACUUAAAAUAUGACGAAGUCGUAUAAUAUACCUUUAUGUCGAUGAGGAAUUAACAAAGUCUAUAUUUUAUUUAUAUGAACAAUCAUAAGUAGUAUAUUUGAAAAAUGGUAGUUUUACAAUGGCGUUUUCAAUGGAGGGGACUUUUUGGAAACAUCAAAGCAUACAUAAUAUGGAAGUUUGCCCAAGCAUUACUAACAUUUCACGUUUUAACAUACAACACGCACAUGAGUCAGAGCUACGCAAUAGAUUGCCUUUUGGAACCAGUUUUUUGGUUUGUCGAUAACUUUGCGGGAUACUUAGGAAGGGUAUUUGUAUUUUGUGUGAGUAUACUUACUAGCGCAGUGGUGUUCAUCGCUUACUGGGUGGGACUGCCGUAUUGGUGGGAGAAGAGCCAAAGUGUGACAAUUGCUUUAGUUAUAUUUGGAAACUGGAUUCUGCUCAAUAUUAUCUUUCAUUACUAUAUGGGAGUGAAAACCUCACCUGGAUACGCACCUCAUGGUUCUUUAAUAUCAGAAGCUGCGAGUAUAUGCAAGAAGUGUAUAUCUCCGAAGCCUCCCAGAACCCAUCACUGUUCAGUGUGCGACCGCUGCAUUCUUGGGAUGGAUCAUCACUGUCCCUGGCUAAAUAACUGCGUGGGCUUCUACAAUGCAAGAUAUUUUUAUUUAUACAUGGUAUAUAUGGUGAUGGGCGUAACGUUCUUGAUUGUGGCUGGUAUUGAUUUGGGCUAUCAAGUCCUUUGGGUGAAUGAUACGGGUGGUUUAAUAUCUGAAAAUGAUCCAGAUCUCAUCGGCCAUCCAGUUCGCAUGAACCAGAGCGGAGUAUUGGUCCCAGUCCAAGUUAUUGCCGAAUAUGAUUCUGUGAAUUUCCCUCGCAACCAUAUUCUUCCGACUCCAGUUAUAACCGAGGCUCAGAGGAUAACAGCUAACUCAUUGAAGAGGAAAGCAGUUAUGUUCAUGGCGAUGAUAUGUUUGUCGGUGUUGUUUGCCCUUGGUGCACUAGUCGUUAUGCACGGGAAGAACAUUAGCAGAGGCGAAACUAGCAUAGAAGCUCAUAUAAAUGAUAGGCUCAGAAGGACACAUAAAAAUAAAUUCAUUAAUCCAUACAAUUUUGGGAGGAAGAAGAAUUGGAAGUUGUUUCUUGGUUUGACUCAAGGUAGGAAAUUAUGGAGACAUGUUUUGUUGCCAUCGAGUCAUGCACCCACGGGUACUGGGCUUACGUGGCACACCAUACACAAUUCCUUAGAAGAUUGGCCCUGAAUACAUCUUAUGCAAAAGGUUAUUUAGGUACUGUUACUCAUUUUUUCUAGGACUUGUGGCAUUGCUCUUUUAAUGUACGCAAUAAGUAUAAGGAAAUGAAUAAUUUGUAACAAAUUAAGUUUAUUUGCAACAAAGAGUGGACUGAAUUUUUAAUAUAUUUUGAUAAAAUUUCAAUUUUAAGAAAAAAAUAGUAACAUUAAAUGUAAUCAUUUCAUUUGGUCAGAAAUCUUACAAUUAUGUAACCGUUACAUUCCAGUAUCUGUCAAAAAUAUGAAAAAAUUUUGAUUCUUUCAUAUAUUUAUGGGAGAAAAUGUUUUCUCUUGGUUAUUAUAUAUAACGACACAUGCUAUUGUCCGCGAGGUUUAAGCUGAGCUUUGCAUUUGUGUGAGUGAAAGUAAAAGUAGAGUCAGACAAAAAAACUUUUUGGAUUUGAAUUUUUUUUUUUUAACUAGGUACAUAACAUAAGCGGGAGAGCUAUUCUAGAUUUAAAAUAAAAUAAUCAAAGCUUGUUAGAGGCCAGGUGUAAAUAUUAUGUGAAGAAAAAUAGACUAAUUUAUGAAAUCAAAAUGUUAAAAAAAAUAUAUACGUGUUUCUUUUAAAUAACUACAAAAUUUACACAAAAUUUCUUUUACUUUUUAUUAGUUAUUUAAAGGUUUAAGUAUGCUUCGUUUAUUUGUGUUAGAAUUCCUUUCAGGAAUAGAUAGAAUACAAAAACUAAAUAUUAAGCACUAAACAACGUCACUCUGCUACCAGUACAAAGGUUGAAGUGAUGAAGGUGCUAGGCGGAGUAAAAGCAGUAUCAACCGGUUCAAACCUAGAAAAUCACGUGGCACGCACAAAUUUGGCACACCUGUGUGCACUCACACAAAUGCAAAGCCUAGCUUACGCUUCACACACUAUACAUGGCGUUUAAAUGUGGUGCCAAUACUUUAGUAUCGAAAGUACUUUUAAUGUAACAGAUUUUUACUGCCAAGGCAAACCUCAGAAGCAGGGACAUGAAGAGGAACAUUGAAUACCACAGUUGGGCGCCAUGUCGACCAAUUUAUCAAAGUAUUUUAUAUUAUACCUACGAUAGAGCACUCAAGACCUCCCUGAUUUUUCAUAGGCUUAAAGGUUUUAGAUCAGUGAUUCAAAACUUAUUUUAUUGACUGCUCACUUUGAGAACAAAUUAUUUUUUAGCGCCCCCAUUUUUUCAACUACAGAAAAACCACUAUAACAAAUCCUAGCUAAAUUUCAAAUCAUUUAGGCCUCUACACAACGCCCCAUUAUUUUCUGGGUCUCUUAAUGCUCCUCUUUAGCGCCAACAAGGGGGCGUUAUCAUCGACUUUGGGAAAGGCUGUUAUAGAUGAUCUGAGAAUGCAGAUUUUUUCGUUUGUUUUGCAAUCAAAUGAAAGAUCUAUGAAAUGAAUUGACCACAUAAAUCGAGAAUAUUCCAUGUUAAGACAUACCUGUGUAUAUUUAAUUUCCCAACGUAUAAUAAUGUCUUGCUCUUCACAGGCUUUUAGAACUAAUUCAGCCGUAAUCUACAAAUUUUAAGCAAAAAAAUCCUACGCUUUACCGCUACGUCGCAUUUUCUUGCAUCUAUUUUAAGCGAAGGCUUUUUGGAGUGAUUGUACUAACUUUACACAUUGUAUAGGGCUGGAAAAGAUUCACUUUUCUCCUUUUCAAAAUCUGCUCUGAGGCUUUGAUUUUAUUUUUCUUUCUGAUAGUUUUUGCCAAAAUGAAAGUUGAAUCAAUGCAGAAAAAACGACUCUGUGGUCGUCUUCAUAGCAACACGUCGUUCAUAGAUAGAAAAAAUAACUCGGGUGAUAGCUUUGAAACUGUUUAUUAAACAGCAGAAAAUUAGUAUAAUCUCCUAGAUAGUAAUUUUGAUACAAGAAUUUUGUAUCUAAUAACAUUUUAAGUAAAUUUGUAACUAGUCAGAAAUAUAUUUUUAAUUUAACUGUAAUUUAAAUCAUUACCAUAUUAAGGAUAAAAAUUUUCUCCACGUAUUUUAUUGUGGAAUUUAAUGUUAGACUAGUCUCGAUAUAGAACAUUAUUUUACUCGAUACAAAGAUUAAUAAGAACUAAGUUCAUUGUAGAUUUGGUAAGUAGAACUAUACAUGUGUUUCAAAAAAUACCAUUAAAGUAUAUUUAAUUAGUUUUAACUAAAUGUCAAAUAAGGAUGAGUUUUCAAAAUGCUUUGUCUUAUUUUUGUUUAAUAAUUAAGUAAAGUAAUGAAAGAAAUGAAAGAAAAUUUGUAUAACUUCAUAAUUCAAAUCUUUAAUAAGGAUUAGGUUAGCUAACCUUUUUUUUUGUUAACGCGGUGAAAGGUUUUAUAUCUACCCCUCUGUCUAGGGGACACAGAGGUGGUUUUGUGGGAUUCACGAGCCCUAAGGGCCCAUGCUACCCACUAAAACACCAGCGGUUACUCUCAUUCCCCGCCCAGUGGAUCGUCACGGGAAUCGCACAAAGCAUACGUCUGCGACGAUCCGGCGGCAGGCCGCGCACGGCCACCUCACGGCGUCCCCUCGCCUGGCAGGCUUGCUUAAUCGCGAGAGGGUUAACCCCUUACAGCUUCCACCCAAGCCCACGCGGUCGGUUGGAUACCCACUGCCGAGCGCAAAGCGCCCGACGGCAGACAGAGUGGAAACCGACCAUCAAGCGACCCAGACCUCCGAAGAGGCCUGAGUUUCUCAUCACCGCAUUCAGCGUGAACCACUCCCCCCAAGACAGCCACGGAAGGCCUCCUAGCUAGCCCUCCGCUAGUCCGUUUGCCGAAUCCAUUCAAACGAAGCACGCCCCAACACCGCACUCCGAGUGAGGAUCUCAGGCCAUCUACUUCCCUCUCCUACCCCUAACUGACAGCCACGGAAACCGCCCGGCGAUGUUGGAUUCCUGAGGCGACCCCAUGAACUGUCCCCAGUCUGCGACCGAACCCGCCUUUCUGUAUCGGCAUAGGGAUGACCGGGUGUUGCUACGCCGCCAGUGGCCGGAGACCACUAGACAAAGCACAGGGUCGAACGCGGCAAGGCGGUGGACGACCGACCUUAUAUAGGAGACUGGCAUAGCAGGGAGCCGAAUGCCAGCUUUAUGUUAGCCCAGGUUGGUCCGCCGAGUCUUGUCCAACCCUCCUCUCAAGGCUCCCCCUAGCCCGGACUAAGACCCCACAAGGAGGUCAAGGUCCUCCCCCCCGUGAUUGCACCGGUUACCCGGUGGGCGAUGGGGUCGUCACGUCCCGACGCCAAAGGUUAGCUAACCUAUCCUAACAGGUUACAAUCCAGUAGUUUUUCAUUUGUCGUUUCUACAUUACAGAAAUAUAAAUGUUUGUAUUGGCAAAAAAAAAACGAGUUAAACUUUAAGUCUUUUUUUCCUUGCAUUUCUAAGUUAAGUAUUUGUAAGAUGCUAUCGACACCUACAUAGUAAAACCGGUGUGAAAUCCGUUCCAACACAAUUGACCAAGUAAAUCUAAUUACACGUAUCAGCCUUACUCCGAAACCCGCUGACCUUUCAUUUAAAAUUAUCCUAUUCUGUAUGCUUACUCUUAUUUUGUACUCUCACAUUAUGUGCGGAACGGUUACAGUGUUUUAUCCAUGAAUUUUUCAAAUUGUAAUAUUAACGUCGGUUUAUGAAUGAGGUAAAUUAAAUUAAUAUAAACUAAGUAAGUAAAUUGAAAUCGCUUUGUAUGAAAUGUGACAACUAUUAGUGUUCAUACUUUUUUUUUACACCGCUCAACUAUCCUUUGCAUUUUGGAUUUUUUUUUUGUUUGUAUUUUAUACAUGUGUAUCAUAAACUUAUACUUCGUACGUUAUUACGAAAUCUUUAAUGGAUAUAAUAUUUAUAAGGAUGUCUACAACCUUGUUAGGGGUUUUCCUCAGCUUGGGCUUAUUUUAAUUCGUCCUUGCCGAUAUUAUUUCUUAUUAUUUAUGUUGUACAUCAAACAUGUAUAGCAAAUAGAUUAUAAAAAUAUAGUAAAAUUUUAUAGAGUACGCGCUAAUAUUGACAUUCCUCUAAAUCACUUAUAAAAUAAUUUAUAAUAGAUAGUUUAAUAGUAAGAUAUAAUAAUUUUUGUUUAGUAAUCAUGACACAGUAAUUCGUUUAAAAUAUAAAGAUGCAUAUUUCUAAGAAUUUAUGAUUACCAGCCAAGGAAAAUUUUUUUUUUGCAAAUUACGAAGCUAUAGGUAGUGUUCAGAAGAACUUACCUUCAGAAAUUUCGCUAAUGCAGAUAAUGCUUUUUUUUGUACAAUGUUCUUUAUUUUGACUGUUUUCUAAAUAAAUGUAUUUUAUUAAGAAA